AAAUUGGUUUGGCAGCGCUGUAGCGUUUGUAUCUUUUUCCGGUGUCGCUUGGAAUUUUUUUUUAGUCAUAAUGUCAGAGAGAGAUUACAGCAAGUUAACAGUAAACGUUUUAAAGGAAGAGCUGAAGAAGCGUGGCCUGGAUCAGGCUGGGAAGAAAGCGGAUCUUGUGUCAAGAUUGGAAUCAGAUGACUUGAACAAUUCCAUGUUGAGUGAGAGGAUUUAUUUAAAUGAAGAUACUACCGAAGAGGCUGAUGAAGCAGCUGGUCAAACAUCUGCUGAGGGAACAAAUGAAGAUCCAAAAGAAGAUUGCAUCGAAACGACAACUGAAGUAAUGAAUGAAGAUAAAGAUUCCACAGAUGAUUCUUGUACAAUGGAUCAACCCAUAAAAAAUGAAAAUGUCUCCUUGACACAAGAAUAUUCUGGUGAUCUUGACUCUUCAACUCAACAUCCAGAAGAAAGCCAUGUAGAUGAUAAUUCAUCAUUUUCAGAAGGCAUGAAGGAAAUAUCUGAAAGCAAAGAACAUGCCUUUUUAUCUCAGAGUGAUUUUGAAAGUAAAGAACAAACCCUACCUAAACAGCAGAGUGAUGGUGAUGCUGAGACAAAAUGUGAAGAUAUGGGUGAAGAUAUGACUAAGAUUCCCGAGGAACCUCAAUCCAACAAUGAAACGUGUGCCAGUAACCAAAAGGAAACAGUUGAAGAAAUGGAAACGAAAGAAUCGGCUGAUCCUGCUGCUGCAGAAGAAGACAAAAAAGAUUCUAAACCUAACGCAGAAAAUGAUGUUCGAAUUGCUAACGAAUAUUGCAUUGAAAUGAAAAGAGACAAAGAUGAAUUUCAGCUAAAAUGGAAAGGAAAAAAGUUUUCUGUCCCAUUCAUUGGUGAAAUCGUUCUAGAUCUUGCUAGAGAGAUUUCAAGCAGAAGUUUUCAAGUGAAACAAAUUGAACUGAAAGAUUUAAAAAGUUCCUGUUUUGAUGACGUAAUUAAUGAAUCAUUAAAAUUCCUGGUUGAUUUCCAGAGCAACAUACUUGAUUCAUCAAAAGUGGGGUUUGCUAAAUUUGUAUUCAAAAGUGUUGAAGAAUGUGAAAAACACAAGAAUGCUUUGAAGGGCUACAACGAGAACAUAAUCAUUGAAUCUGUGAAGUUUGAAGGCAGGAGUUUCAUAAUUUUGAAAAUUCUUCAAGUGUUUUAUUUAGAUACGUUGUAA